UAAACCAUCUCUUAGCUUAUGGAACAGUCUUUGAAUAAUGCAAUAAGUCUAGUUUUCUUGAAAAGUAUAAAGUGUAGUUAUAAUUGAUUGGUAAUGUUUGUAUUAUUGAUAUUUGACAGGCACAAAGUGAGAGUUGUCAUGGAUUCUAAGAUUGUUGCUGUUUUUCAAGUUGUUACAUUUUGCAUAUGUUUGGCUGCUGCAAAUUCAGUUGCUUUCAGUUACCCUGCAGUUUUCAACUUUGGUGAUUCAAACUCAGACACAGGUGAACUUGGUGCAGCUAUGGGAUUUUUAGUUGCCCCGCCCAAUGGAGAGAAGUACUUCAAAACCCCAUCUGGGAGGUUCUGUGAUGGACGUCUCAUUGUGGAUUUCCUUAUGGAUGCGAUGAAAUUGCCAUUCUUGAAUGCCUACAUGAAUUCUGUGGGGUUGCCAAAUUUUCAGCGAGGAUGCAACUUUGCAGCAGCAGGUUCAACCAUCCUUCCAGCCAAUGCAGCAUCUAUCAGUCCGUUCAGCUUUGGGGUUCAGGUAUAUCAGUUUCUGAGAUUCAGAGCUCUGUCUCUUCAAUUGCUUCAAGGAAAUAAAUCUUAUCAGUACGUCCCUUCUGAAGACUCCUUCGAGAAGGGGUUAUACAUGUUUGACAUAGGCCAGAACGAUCUUGCUGGUGCGUUUUAUUCAAAAACAUUGCCCCAGAUACUGGCCUCAAUUCAAGCAAUUUUAUUAGAAUUUGAAACUGGAAUAAAGAAACUGUAUGAUAGCGGGGCAAGGAAUUUCUGGAUACAUAACACGGGUCCACUCGGAUGCUUGCCUCAGACUGUUGCCCAAUUUGGCACUAAUCCAUCAACGCUUGAUGAACUAGGAUGUGUUAGUUCACUCAACCAAGCAGCCAAAGCCUUUAAUAUACAGCUUCAAGCUUUUUGCAGUAAAUUGAAAAGCCAGUAUCCAGAUGCAAAUGUAACACAUGUUGACAUCUAUACCAUAAAAUUAAACCUUAUUGCAAACUCUUCUAAAUAUGGGUUUAAACACUCCAUUAUGGCAUGCUGUGGACAUGGAGGUCCACCAUUGAACUUUGACAGCAGAGUUUCUUGUGGACUAACAAAGAUCGUGAAUGGGACUGAAAUAACAGCAAAAAGUUGCAACGACAGCAGUGUGUACAUAAGCUGGGACGGAACUCACUACACUGAGGCAGCAAAUGAACAUGUGGCAUCACAAAUUCUCACUGGAAACUACUCCACUGGAAAAUAAACCCCUAUCUGUUUAUUGUUUUAACAAUGUCAUUCUUUGGGUACUGUUUUAGUGAAACGAACAACUGAUUGUAACCUUGAAUGACACAUGACCUUACAAAAGGAAUAUGAUUCAAGAUCAAAUAAUAAAAUAAAAUGACUUUGUGAUA